UCUCUGUAGCCCUCCCAUUAACAAGAAGUAUGGAGCUUGGACUUGUAAGUCCCAGGCCAUUUUCGUCAUUACUCAUCCUUGCCUUCUUUUUCCCAUGCAUCAACUGUGGAGGAAUCGGGUCCCCCGUCUUCGGAAAUGAGACGGAUAGACUCGCCUUGAUCGCAUUCAAGGAUCGGAUAUCCCAAGAUCCUUUCCGGGUCUUCAGCUCGUGGAACGAUUCCCUCCAUUUCUGCAACUGGGUAGGAGUCACAUGCGGUCGCCGGCAUCCUCAAAGGGUAACCGCUUUGAAUCUUUGGGCCUACAGAUUGGUGGGGACCAUAUCACCUCACCUAGCAAACCUCUCCUUCCUCAGGGUUAUCAACUUCACGAGUAACAGCUUCCAUGGCGAAAUCCCACGUGAUAUUGGCCGGCUCUUCCGGCUUCGUCUUCUUGAUCUGACCUUUAACCAUCUCGAAGGAGGAAUCCCUGAAAACCUGUCCCACUGCUCGGAAAUCAGAUCCAUCCAUUUAUAUAGUAACAAACUCGGGGGGAGAAUUCCAGCCAAGCUUAGUUCUCUGUCAAAGCUUACGUGGUUGGAUUUCGGUCGUAACAAUCUCAUCGGCAACAUCCCACCACCACUCGGGAACCUCUCCUCUCUUAUUACUCUCUCUCUACCAGAUAACAGUUUGGAAGGAAGCAUUCCAGAUGAAUUAGGACAGCUAGCGAAGUUAGUAUUUCUUGAAAUCUUUUCAAAUAGACUGUCCGGUGUGAUUCCACCAUCGCUUUACAACAUCUCAUCCAUCCUUGGUUUCACCGUGGUAGAUAACCGACUUCACGGAAACCUUCCACCCAAUCUAGGUCUCACCCUUCCUAAUAUCGAAUAUCUUCUCUUUGGAAAAAAUGCAUUUACAGGACCGAUACCAGUUUCAUUACCCAAUGCUUCAGGACUUGCUAUAGUUGAUUUUUCUAUAAAUAAUUUUAGUGGACCCAUGCCUGAUAAUUUGGGAAGAUUACAGGAUCUCCGUAUCCUAAAUAUUCCUAGUAAUAAGGUUGGAGGUGGAGACGAUGACUUGAGUUUCCUCAUUUCUUUAACGAAUUGUAGCCGUUUGGAAGUAUUGGGAUUAUAUUCCAAUCAGCUGAGAGGAACACUGCCUGCUGCCAUUGUCAAUCUCUCCACCCACCUAGUAGCACUAGGGUUAGGAGGAAACCCAAUAUCUGGAAUCAUCCCAACAGAUAUUAGCAAUCUCUUUAACUUAAAUAGUUUAGGUAUAUAUGAGAGCUUUGUCAUGGGUACCAUUCCUAAUGGUGUUGGUAAGCUUCAAAAUUUAGAGGGCUUGUAUUUGUACGGAAACAAACUCGUAGGAGAAAUCCCAUCUUCCAUUGGCAACAUCACUCACUUGGCUGAACUCCUUUUAUAUGGAAAUCGUUUGCAGGGAAGUAUCCCUUCGAGUCUUGGAAACUGCCGUAAUCUUCGAUCAUUGGUCCUCCAUAGAAAUGAGCUUAACGGUACCAUACCCAAGACACUGUUUAGUAUCCAUUCUCUGUUUGAUCUUACUGUAAAUGAAAAUUCUUUGGUCGGAUCUCUGCCGUCAGAAGUUGGUAACUUGGAACAACUUCAAAAUCUGCGUAUUCAUCACAACAAGUUGACAGGUGAAAUUCCGAGCAUGCUAGGCAAUUGUCGGGGCCUGGAAAUCCUUAAUUUGAGAAAUAACUUCUUUCAAGGAGCCAUUCCUCCGGAUUUGAAGAACUUAAAAAGCAUUCUACUGAUCGAUCUUUCUCACAAUAACCUGUCUGGGCAUAUUCCAACAUCUCUGCAGAAAUUUCCAUUUCUGGAGUACUUGGAUUUGUCAUCCAAUGAUCUUGAUGGCCAGGUCCCAACUCAAGGGAUUUUCAAAAAUUUGAGCGCAUUUUCGGUCCUUGGAAACAACAAGCUUUGUGGAGGUGUUCCACAGUUACGGCUGCCAACAUGCCCAAAGAAAGCUCCUGGGAAACACGGAAUAUCGCUUUCUCUAAAGAUAAUAUUCUCCGUGGUCGGUGCAGUUUUAGGUUUGAUUCUCUUAUCAUUUCUCUUCGCCAUUUAUCGGAUGAGAAAAAAGGCCAACAAGACGCCUUUGCCUGCAUCUUUCUUGGAGGGCCAAUUUUUAAAUCUUUCAUAUGCGGAUCUCUUUAAAGCGACUGGUGAGUUCUCGCCUGACAAUUUGCUUGGUAUGGGAAGUUAUGGCUCUGUAUACAAAGGAAUUCUAGAUCGCGAUGAAACAGUUUUUGCAGUUAAAGUUUUCAAUCUUCAACGACGAGGAGCUUCCAGGAGUUUCAUGGCCGAGUGCGAAGCCUUGAGAAAUAUGCGGCAUCGGAAUCUAGUUAAAAUUAUAACUGCUUGCUCAAGCAUUGAUUUUAAAGGCAAUGAUUUCAAAGCUCUGGUGUUUGAGCAUAUGCCUAAUGGGAGUCUAGAGAAGUGGUUGCAUCCAAGUGUACAUGGAAAACAGGAGUCAAGGAGCUUGAACCUUAUUCAAAGGCUAGAUAUAGCCAUUGAUGUCUCCUCUGCAUUGGAGUAUCUUCAUCACUAUUAUGAUAGACCGGUUGUUCAUCGUGAUCUAAAACCAAGCAAUGUUCUGCUGGACGAUGACAUGUGCGCACAUGUCAGUGAUUUUGGAUUAGCAAGGUUCCUCUUUGACAGCAAUACCUCUCAAGAUCCAACCAGCUCAACUGGUAUCAAGGGAACAGUGGGCUAUGCUCCUCCAGAGUAUGGAAUGGGCGGAAAGGCGUCUACACGUGGAGAUGUCUACAGUUAUGGCAUCCUUCUUCUAGAGAUGUUCACAGGAAAGAGUCCAACUGAUGACAUGUUUAAAGAUGACCUAAGCCUCCAUCAAUUUGUUAAGAUGGCUUUACCCGAUCGAGUGAUGGAGAUUGCAGACCCACGAUUGCUCUUAGAAGAAGUUCAAGCUCUAAAUAGUGAUCAAGAACAACAGCACAAUGCAAGAACAAAAAUGCAAGAGUGCUUUGCUUCUGUGGUUGAAAUUGGCAUCGCAUGUUCUGUAGAAUCUCCAAAUGAGCGGAUGGAGAUGAAAGAAAUUGUUGCAAAAAUGCAUGCAACCAGGGAAUUAUAUCUUGGGGUUGGGAUUCACCGAGAUCGGCGAAAUAGGGCACAAUCCUCUCGCCAGGAUUUGUCUUAACUCAGUUAUCAUUAACAAGUUGUGGCUAGUCAAGCAACAGAAGACAAGUAGGUGUGGUUCAAGAUACUCAUUCUACUGAAGGUUAAAAGAAGUUUACCCCGCCGUGGUUUAUGUGAAGUUUGUAUGCAUCUAGUGGCUGUCCCGGUCCCAUGUUGCCCUUCAGAUGAGGUAACAUUGUGUUGGGUUGUGUUUAUAUAAGUCAGUUCUUUUCAUGUUUUGGUCUUCUCUGUGGUUUUUUUGUUGUGUUUAUUUCUUGUAUAGUCGUUAUGUAAUAAAGGGGU